UUAGCCCAGUUCAUUCAUUCAAGCGACCAUAGCACAACUAUGGCCCAAAACUCGACUCUCGCAACGGUUCAAGAAGCAGGAUUCGGUUCUUUCGUUUAUUUCUGUAGAGAUGUAACCUCCUAUCCUUUCUGUAAUCUAUUCUAUAAGCAGAAUCUAACGCAUUCGACGUAUAGCUCUCUAAAACAAACUUUACGCUCACACCUGCAACAAGAGCGCCAGUUGGUAUCAACCCGACCUGUGAGAAUCAAUAGAAGGCGUGCUGCUGUUGGGAGAAUUGAGAUCAGGUCCUUGUUCAUAUUAUACGCAAUAUCCCUUCUCUUUCAACUAGUGACAAGUGGUAGUGUACUGGAGCAGGGGAGCUUGCCUUUGGUGCUCCUGACUGGCAUUCAUGCUGGCAUUGUUGUCGCCUUGUUCUGGUGUCUGUUAGGAAACGGCAUUGUGGCUACACAGGUUUGUCCCGCGCCGCUGAUAAUUGAAUAA